GGAGCCGCGGGAGGCGUCGGGAGCCCAUCCACCGGGAGUCGAGCCGCAGGUUUCCACCCCCGCUGGGACGCGCGCCCACUGGAGACGGCUCCUUGGGUCUCCCGCGCUGUCCCGUUCCUGGCAAAAUGAAGGACCGACUAGGAGAACUCGUGGAGUUAACCAAGCAGUUUGACCAGCAGUUCCCGGACGACGACGAUGAUUUUGACUCGCCUCACGAGGACAUCGUGUUCGAGACCGACCACAUCCUGGAAUCCUUGUACCGAGACAUCCAAGACCUUCAGGAGGAAAACCAGCACCUGAUUGCCGACGUGAGGCGGCUGGGAAAGCAGAACACCCGCUUCCUCACGUCCAUGCGGCGCCUCAGCAGCAUCAAGCGGGACACCAACUCGAUCGGCAAGGACAUCAAGGCCCGGGGCGAGAGCAUUAACCGCAAGCUGGGCGCCAUGAAGGCGCUGAGCGAGCAGGCGGAAGUCCAGCACGGCGCGCACUCGGCCGUGGCGCGCAUCGCGCGUGCGCAGUACAGCGCGCUCGCCCGCACCUUCCAGGCCGCCAUGCACGAGUACAACUGCGCCGAGAUGAAGCAACGCGAGAACUGCAAGAUCCGCAUCCAGCGCCAGCUGGAGAUCAUGGGUAAGGACGUGUCCGGCGACCAGAUCGAAGACAUGUUCGAACAGGGCAAGUGGGACGUGUUCUCCGAGAACCUGCUGGCCGACGUGAAGGGCGCGCGGGCGGCUCUCAACGAGAUAGAGAGCCGCCACCGGGAGCUGCUGCAGCUGGAGGGCCGCAUCCGCGACCUGCACGACCUUUUUCUGCAGAUGGCCCUGCUCGUGGAGCAGCAGGCGGACACCCUGGACGUCAUCGAGUUCAACGUGCAGAAGGCCGUCGAAUACACCGGGCAGGCCAAGGUGCAGGUGCGCAAGGCUGUGCAGUACAAGAAGAAGAACCCCUGCCGGACCAUCUGCUGUUUCUGCUGCCCCUGCCUCAACUAGCAAGUGACCCUGGGCCGCCACACCUCCAUCCCCGAGCGGGAUGGACGGGGAAACGCUCUGGGGGUAGAUUUUGAGGCCAUCUGUCCUGGGGUGAAUUGCGCUAAUCACUAUGGACCUGAGCCCUUAGAGAAAGAAAAAAAAAAAAAAACACGAGGUGCAAGAAUUCCAGCCCAUCUCGUACUUGAAACAAGGGUGGAUCCCACCCGCUGAUUCUUCAGUCGCGACAGAUGCCAGCUGAAGUUUUCUGAGGUCGUUUAAAGGGCACAUAGCACCCUUGCCUCUUAAAGGAAGCCAAAUAAGGAACUGACGUUGUGACUUAACUCUACAGUAUAUGUCCAAGGCAUGUUUGUACAAGAACCUCUAGCCGGAAGUCAAUUCUGGAUCGGCUCAAAGUAUGAACUUGUCAUCAAAAUUCCAGUUCGUUUACCUUAUCCUGAAAGUACCUCUGUUCUGUACCUUUUCGAGUGAAACUGACCUUGGGAAAAACUGCACAUCUUCCAUUUCUGAGGCUUCCCCUGGUUUAUGCUAUGCGAUCCCCAUCUGAAUGUAUAUCUUCUGCUCACGUCCUCUACUUACUAAAAUCACAGUUAACAUUUAUUAUUUCCUUACCUCUUUACUUUCAGUAUGUUCCAUCAGAAUACAUUAUGGGAUUUUUUUUUCCCCAAAGUUUUUUGAGCACUCAAUAUUGAAC